UUGUGGAACCAUACUGCCACUGCAGCCCACAAGCAGAAGGUGGAGCAGGACCUGCGGCUACGCAGCCGUCUGAAGGAGGAGGCUGCGGCCAUCAUGAGCACCAUUGUGGAGUGCUGGAAGGGCCUGGCCGGGUACAGCAGGAGGGACAGUAUGACUGCCUACCUCACCAUCGCACGCCAGUGGUCUGGCUUUGGCUGCACACUCUAUGAGGUGGACUUCUAUAUUAGUUCGACAGGUAGUUUCUCUCAGAAGCUGUGGCUGGGUGUGGCAGCGACGUGUGUGUCUCUGUACAGGCAGGGCGAGGCAGAGGCUCUGGAGUCCUUCCCCUACGGACAGAUCUGCUCCUACGGCGUCUCCGACAGCAACACCUUCAAGAUCACCGCCGGCGACCGAGACCUGCUGUUCGAAACUACCAAGCUGACUGAGAUCAUGCAGCUGAUGAAUGCCUAUUUCAGUGCCAUCCGUCACCAGCGUGGGAGGGGCGACGACGUGGUAAGAAUCACAGAGGGUACUGCCAUCGAGGUGGGCUUCCACCACCUCCCCCCAACACCCACCCCCACCCUGCUGGAGCUGCCCUCGCACCCCGUGUGAUGGGUGCCCCUUCCCCCUGUCCUCAGCUCACACACAGCCUCCUCGGAGCCCCAGCCUAGCGGACCCUGCGCCUGCUUCCUCCACCUCCUCCACUGGGAACAGCACCACAGCCAAAACAAAGAGAGGGCUGUUUUUACUCCUCAUCCGUGACAAUAAACCUCGCUGGGCUUUCCAACUGAAGGAGUGAGAAGGGGAGGAGCCUGUUUUGUAAGUGAGGCUAGAAACCCACAGAAACCAAUGUGGGUGCUGAUGAGGUGUCGCCACCUCCCCCCUUCCUGCCACUCAACCUCUGUGCUCACAUGGGAGAACCAGCACCCCGACAACGUGAGGCAUGGGACCCGAAGCUGUGGCUCCUUAUCUCCUAGAACUCACAGGGCCAUACUUCAGGGAGACACACUGUUGCCUAGACACGAGUUCAUCUACAGUUCCCCAACCAGUUACACCGCUCACCUAGAGACACGGAGCAGAGCAGAGGACAAACUGUGAACGUGCCUCUGCUAUGUUGUUCUACAUGUGGUGCUCUGCCUUUCCUAGAAUAUCCCUCAUGCAAUAGAAAGGGUGACUGACCCACACUUUCACCUCCUCUCUCUCUCACACACACACUCUGAAAGGGUCUGUUUUCAUUAAAGACCCCAGCCAGGCUUCCGUUACCUAGAACUGUCGAUGUAGCAAGCUGUGUGAACUUGAACCAGAUGAUGGAGCUCAGUAAGUCACUCUGGCUGUCAUGGACAGAACUGCUCCUGCUGGUACUGUCAGCUGGGUGGGAGAGACUACUGGAUGGCACAAUUUGAUUGGACAAGAUGUUAUAAAGGAUCCAGCCUAAUGCUGUGUAACAGAAACUAAAGGAUCUUGGGAUAUGACUGGUCUGUUGUUUCUACCAAACACUGAUUUCUCCCCCUUUGUCAACUUGCUGUUUGCCCGAGCUAUCACCCCAACAUGAAACUAUGGCUAACACUUGAUAGGAGCCUUUUAAAUGUCUGGUCUGUUCAUUUUUAAUAGUUAAGUGAUCCAAUAUUGAUCUUAUAUCUAGGCCUAAACCUCCAAUUUAAGGGUGGAACUGUUAUUUCCCAGUCUCUGUUUCAGUGGGGAACAUAUUCGGUGUGGAUGGAAAUUAGCUAGCUGUCCGCACUCUGAAGAAUUGAGGUACUCACCUAACCCCCAGCCAGUAACAUGGACCAUCACAACCACAAUGCAGACCCCUGUCUUUUCUCUGCUGUGCCGACACACAGAACCAAUGCUGUCCUGACUAUUGAUGUGUUCUUAGUAUUAUUUAUGUACUGUUUGGUGUUGUCUUUUUAUUUCAUAUGUCUUAAAUAAGAACCUAGCUGUUUGUGUUGUUUAAAAAAAAAAAAGUAUGGCUUUGAAAUGAUCCCAUUAACGUCUCAUCUAGAUCCAUUAGGUCACUGUACUGAUCAGCCAUGUGAUCCUAUAAUAGCUUAAGGGCUCUAUUCAAUCCGUAUCGUGGAUGUUCAGCGUGAUUGAAGUUUAAAGGCAAUGUUCCCGCAUUGGCAGAGACUGCAUUCACAGUAAACGCUGCAUGAGUCUACUCAAUUGGAAAUGACUUUUCUAUCGCGCAAACAGCAACACAGAUUGAAUAUAAAGUCCUAAGCUACUUUUUUUUGCCACAAAACCACAGCACAUUUCCUAUCUGUGUUCACUUCUUGGCUGGUAGACUUUGUUCAUUUAAAGUAACUAAAAAGUGGUGUUUGAGCAUGGACCAAAGAGAAGUUCUGCUGUAAGCUUUUUUUCAGAGAAUAUAUCCAGACGUUAGAAAGUUACACCCCAACGUCAUUUAGACCAAUAGAAGUUUUAGUCAUGUUGUAAUACAGUAGUCGAUUAGGAACCCAGGCUGUGGUGGGAUUUUAUUUUCCCUAACCUCAGGAGGAAGGACCCACCAUGGCACAGCCAGCCCUGCCUCCUGCCCAUACGAUAUGCAGGCAGUCACUGUCCAGUCAGGCCCUCGCUUUUUAUACUGCAGCUGCAGGCAGCUACGCUCACGGUCUCGGAGAUCCCUCCCUCCGUGUAACUAUGAAAAGGAAGACAGUCUAACCUGAAGCUGGCUUUGUUUAAAGCUCGUUUGUACACCACAUGGUACCUUCUGUGUGUAAUAUGUGUCUAGUUAAUUGCACUAUUGUUUUUGUUUUUUUAACUAACUUGGAUGUGCAAUAAGUAAACUAUAAAGACUAUGUAAUUAAUUAAAAAGCAGCACCAUUGUA